AUGGCUGGGAACAAUAAUAACGAGAAGUACGACUCUAGGAGGGAUGCCACCUUGAACAAGGUUGUCAAAGGAGAGUCGCCGAUUUGGAUACGCAUUGUCAUCGGCAUCCUGCGCCUAUGGUUCGUCAUCUACGACUGUUUGAACUACCUGCCCUACCAGCUCUUCAAUUCACCAGCCGAAAAGCUGCGCAAGUCUGGACGAGUCAAGGCAAAAUGGAUAAACGAGAAGGAGCGGGAUGGGCCUAUCGAGAACGUUGAUGGUAUGGUCGCCAUGGAUCACCCCGGGAAGGACACUGUUGAUAAGCUGUGGCGCCAUAUGGUUUCCAUGUACGGCGAUAAGGACGCGCUGGGCACGCGCCAACUCAUUGAGGUGGUCCAAGAGAAGCAACCGAAUGGCCGCCUUUUUGAGAAGUGGCACCUCGGAGACUAUGAAUGGUCAUCCUACAAGGAGGUUGAGCGUCAAGUGCAGCAACUGGCCGCCGGCAUCAAGGACCUGUCGAAGGGAAGCGCUGAGCCUAAGGUUGUUAUCUAUGCCGAGACCCGUGCUCACUGGAUGAUGACUGCGCUGGCCUGCUUCCGUGUGAACGCUACCGUCGUCACCGUCUAUGCGACGCUGGGUGAAGACGCGAUCGUGUCCGCCAUCAACGAGACUGAAGCCUUCAUGCUUGUGACUUCUGCCGAAUUGCUUGAGAAGAUUGGCUCCACCCUCACUUCCAAGUGCCCAACCGUCCACACGCUCAUGUACUUCCCGCCAGUUGACCCGACCUCGAAGGGACCGGCUCUCGAUGCCUACAAGUCGCAGUUCAAGCACGUCUUCUCCUUCUCCCAGCUAAAGGAACGCAACUCUCAGCUAAUUGUUGAGUCUACGGCCAAGUCCAGCGACCUCGCCCUCAUCAUGUACACCUCUGGAACAACCGGUGACGCGAAGGGCGUGAUGCUUCUCCACUCGAACGUUGUCGCCGCCAUCGCUGGUCAAGGGAACGGAGUCAAGAAGAUACUGACGGACACCGACACUUACAUCGGCUACCUUCCGUUGGCGCAUAUUCUCGAGAUGGACGCUGAGCUGACGGCGCUUUCACGUGGUGCGCGUGUCGGCUACUCUUCACCGCUGACGCUGCACGACCGAGCCUCGAAGAUCCUCAAGGGCACACACGGCGACUGCUAUGCUCUUCGUCCGACGGUGAUGGCUGCGGUUCCGGCUAUUAUGGAUCGUAUCUUCAAGGCCGUCUCGGAAGAGGUUGCUGCCAGCCCCCGUUUCAUGCAGGAGCUGUUCAAGCUCAACUAUGAACGCAAGCGCUCUCGUUACCAAGACGGCUACUGCUCGCCCUUCCUCGAUCGGAUCAUCUUCAAGAAGAUUCGCAGGCUUUUGGGCGGCAAGCUGAAGGGUGUCCUGUCCGGCGGAGCCCCGCUGAACCCGGAGACGCAGCGCUUCAUGAACAUCUGCAUGUGCUGCCCUGUCAUUCAGGGUUACGGCCUUACUGAAACCUGCGGAGCUGCCUGCAUUGCCGACACCGAGGAUCUGUCGACUGGAACCGUUGGACCGCCCGUUCGUUGCGCGCAGAUUGCCCUCCGUGAAUGGCCUGAAGCCGGCUACUCUCCAUUCAACGACCCGCCGACUGGUGAAAUCCUCAUCUCCGGCCCCCACAUCGCCGCUGGUUACUGGAAGAAGCCUGAGAAGACCAAGGAGGAUUUCAUCGAGCUCAAGGGCAAGCGCUACUUCGCCACCGGCGACAUUGGCCAGAAGCGAAGUGACGGCUCCCUGAACAUCAUCGAUCGCAAGAAGGACCUGGUCAAGCUGCAACAUGGCGAAUACGUCUCACUGGCAAAGGUGGAAUGUGCGUUGCUCAACUGCCCGAUGGUCGACAACAUUUGCGUGUACGGAAGCAGCAUGGAGGAUUCCAUCGUUGCCCUCGUCGUGCCCAACGCCAAGCACCUGCAGAAGAUUGGCGAGGAGGUUGGCCUCACCGUCACCGACAUGCCGACGCUCUGUGCGAACAAGGAUGUGAAGGCGGCGUACAAGAAGAAGCUGGACGAGCACGCGUUGAAGAACAAGUUGCACAAGGGAGAGAUCCCAUCGGCGAUCCAUCUAUGUGAAGAGGAAUGGACCCCGCAAGCCGGGUUGCUCACCGAGGCGCUGAAGCUGAAGCGGAAGCCCAUCGAGAAGAAGUACCAAGACGUCAUCAAGGCGCUCUACAAGCAA